CUGAGGAAAAAAAACCCCUGGGGGGAUCAGCUGAACUCGACUUGUUCUCCUCAAAACUGGCCCCCAUUCCCCGUUUCAUCUGGCUGAAUCUUUUGACUUUCGAGUCUUUUUAUUCCGGUCGCUCGCUCUCUCACUGUGUUUGCGAGUGUGGCUGCAGUCAAGAUGAAAUCUACGGCUUUUUUCAGCUCAAUUGCCCUGGCGGGUCUUCUCUCUGGUGCGUCAGCUGCACCAGGCUCUGCCAGUGAGAAUGUGAGGCUGGACAGAGUGUCGCGCGCUCUGCCAAACGCCCCUGAUGGCUACACCCCCUCCAAGGUCGACUGCCCGGCCUCUCGUCCAACGGUCCGCAGCGCCGCAAAGCUCUCGUCAAACGAAACCUCGUGGCUGAAUACUCGUCGGGACAAAACCACCUCCGCGUUGAAGGAUUUCUUCGGCCAUGUGACGAUCAAAGACUUUGAUGCCGCGGGGUACGUCGACAAGUUCUCCAGCAACAGCUCCAACCUGCCUACUAUCGGUAUCGCGGUGUCGGGAGGUGGUUACCGGGCCAUGUUGAACGGUGCUGGUGCCAUCAAGGCUUUUGAUAGUCGUACGGACAACUCGACCAACACCGACCAGCUGGGUGGAUUGCUUCAGUCUGCGACUUACUUGUCUGGUCUUAGUGGUGGUAGUUGGUUGGUGGGUUCGAUCUAUGUCAACAACUUCACCUCUAUCUCCGAUCUGCAGACCUACGAGGAUGGAGAGGUUUGGCAGUUUGAAAAUUCGAUUUUCGAGGGCCCUGACAGCGGUUCGAUCCAGAUUUUGGAUUCGGCAUCUUACUAUAAGGAUAUUGAACAGGAUGUGUCCGGCAAGUCCAAGGCCGGUUUCUCGACUUCCAUUACUGAUUACUGGGGCCGUGCGCUGUCUUACCAGCUCAUCAAUGCCACCAACGGUGGCCCCAGUUACACCUGGUCAUCAAUUGCUUUGACCGAGUCGUUCCAGCAGGCUGACAUGCCCUUGCCGCUGGUCGUUGCAGACGGCCGAUACCCCGAUCAGCUUGCGAUUAGCAGCAACAAUUCUACCGUUUUCGAGUUUAACCCCUGGGAGUUUGGCACCUUUGACCCUACCAUUUAUGGUUUUGCUCCCCUUGAGUACUUGGGCUCGCGGUUCAUCGCGGGUACUCUGCCUUCGAAUGAGACCUGCGUGCGUGGGUUUGACAAUGCUGGUUUCGUCAUGGGUACUUCGUCCACUCUGUUCAACCAGUUCCUUCUUUCUGUCAACUCUACUGGACUGCCUAGCUUCCUCAAGAAUAUCUUUACCGAUAUCCUGGGCAAGAUUGGUAGCGACAAUGAUGACAUUGCCAUGUACACUGCCAAUCCGUUCUAUGGCUGGUCCAACUCGACCUCUCCCUUUGCCGACCAGACAGAAAUCAAUGUCGUUGAUGGUGGCGAAGAUUUGCAGAACAUCCCUCUGCACCCUCUGAUCCAGCCCGAGCGCAACGUGGAUGUCAUCUUUGCCAUCGACUCUUCCGCCGAUACCACCUACAACUGGCCCAAUGGUACUGCGAUGGUUGCAACUUACGAGCGUAGCCUGAAUGGCACUGGCAUUGCCAACGGCACGGCUUUCCCUGCCAUCCCCGACCAGAACACCUUUGUCAAUGAAGGCUUGAACAAGCGCCCUACAUUCUUUGGAUGCAACAGCACAAACAUCACCGGAACUGCCCCGUUGAUUGUGUACCUCCCCAACUCGCCCUACACGUAUCUCUCGAACGUUACCACCUUCGACCCCUCCUAUGAAGACAGCGAGAGAGACGACCUCAUCACCAACGGAUACAACAUGGCCACCAUGGGCAACGGCACCGUCGACGGCAACUGGUCCACCUGCGUUGCCUGUGCCAUCCUGAGCCGCUCCUUCGAGCGCACCAACACCAACGUCCCAGAGGCCUGUACCCAGUGCUUCAACAAGUACUGCUGGAACGGCAACACCAACUCCACCACCCCUGCGGAUUACGAGCCUGCUACUACCCUCGAUAGCUCAGGUAUCUCUCUUGUGCCCUCUGCUAUCUCGACUAUGGUUGUAGUGAGUGCUACACUCUUUAGUAUGAUUUAACCGAUCUAGUACAAUUUUGCAUAUACCUUGAUAUUUGCGUUUAUAUUUUCGACAUACCUAUGUGAUUUGAAAAAUUACUUCUUUUGGACAUUUUUAUCGAUAGCAAAAGCUGUAGUACGGUCUUAUGGCUUUUUGGAUAGUUUCUACAAUAUAUGAUAUCUUCAAUUCUGUAAUCGAGAAUGUCCUUUUAACCUUCU